UUCUUCUCUCUUUACAUAAACACACCAAUCCACUUAACUUUCUCUAAACAUCAUCAAAACAAACAAUUCUCUAAAACGUAAAACACACAAAAAAACGCAGGAAGUUUAAUACAAAAUCCUCUGAACAAAAGAUGAGUUCUACUAGCAUAGCAUGGACGGUGGCAGUGAGCAUUGGAGCCGUAGAGGCGUUAAAAGACCAACUAGGUCUUUGUCGUUGGAACUACAUACUCCGGUCUGUGAAUCAUCAUCUCCGGAACAACGUUAGAUCUGUUUCUCAAGGGAAAAGGCUUUCGUCUUCUGUCUCUGUUGCGGUUAUCUCCUCUGCUGAGAGUGAGAAGGCUAAGAAGGCUGAAGAAUCGCUUAGAACUGUCAUGUACUUGAGCUGUUGGGGUCCUAAUUAAAAUUUUGUAUAAUAUAUAGUUUUUAUACUUCUAUAAAAAUUCAUUGAAACAUUA